UGGCUGCCUUUAUCCUGCUCAAGCCUCGGGUGGGGUGCGAGGAGGGGUCGGAAGUCGGCUGGGAGAAGGCGCAGUCGCCCCGGCGAGCCCUGUCACGUGACUCCGGAGGCCCGCCACCACGUGGGCGGGGCUGGGCCGUGCAGCUCCCUCUGGCCCCUCCAGGCCUGUGGCGGUCACAGAUCGCCCCCUGGGCCCUCGGUCACUCCCUCCCCCGACCCCGCCGUCCCUCCCCCAGGUACUGAAGCCCAGACCAUAGUUCCUGGCAGCUCUUCCUGGGGGACAGGUGAGCCACUCGUGGGCGCGCAGGGCCCCUCCUCUCCGGCACCUUCCAGAUGGGCAACGGGAGGCCUGGGAGGCUGUGCCCCGGCUCUGAGCUGCCCUAGGUCUGCACACUGGCUGGGCGGGGGCCACAGACAUGGCCCAGACGCCAGCCUUUAUCUUCAACGUCCCUGAGACCCCAGAGGACCAGGGCCAGGAGCCCAGCCCCUAUGAUGAGAGCGAAGUGCACCACUCCUUCCACCAGCUCAUUCAGGAGCAGAGCCAGUGGGCGGCUGAGGAGGGCCUGGAGCUACAGCAGAGGGUGCCGGAGGCUGACACCCUGGGGGCCUCAGGCAGUGGCCACCAGGCCUUCCUGGGGCCCGAGGGUGUCCCUGACUACAGCACGGCCACACUCCGCAUCUUGGCCAGCAUGCCCAGUCGCACCAUUGGCCGCAGCCGUGGUGCCAUCCUCUCCCAGUACUACAACCGCACGGUGAGGCUGCGGCGCAGGAGCAGCCGGCCCCAGCUCAGGGGGGUGGGGCGCUCGGCCCGGCCCAGCCUCCGCCUGUACGACCUGGAGCUGGACCCCAUGGCCUUCCAGGAGGAAGAGAAGCGGAUCCUCCUGGUGAAGGAGCUUCAGGGCCUGACCGUGGCCCAGCGGGACCACAUGCUCCGGGGCAUGCCUUUGAGCCUGGCCGAGAAACGCUCCCUGCGAGAGGACAGCUGGAUCCAGAAGGGGAAGCAGAGGGGCCCACAGGGCCGUCGUGGGCUCUUCUCCUGUUGCAGCCGGCUCCGCUACGCCUGUGUCCUGGCCUUGCACAACCUGGGGCUCGUGCUGCUCUCAGGGCUGCAGGCCCUGACGCCGUGGCGCUACGCCCUGAAGCAGAUCGGCGGCCAGUUCGGCUCUAGCGUGCUCUCCUACUUCCUCUUCCUCAAGACCCUGCUGGCCUUCAACGCCCUCCUGCUGCUGCCGUUGCUGGCCUUCAUUGUGGGCGUGCAGGCCGCCUUCCCGCCGGCCCCCUCGGGCUCCGUGCCCGCCUUCACAGGCCUGGAGCUCCUCACAGGCGGGGGCAGCUUCUCUCACAGCGCCAUGUACUACGGCUACUACAGUAACGCGACGCUGAACCAGCCGUGCUCCCCCCCACGGGAUGGCGGCCAGUGCACCCCUGACGCAGGUGGCCUGCCCUACAACAUGCCCCUGGCUUACCUCUUCACCAUGGGCGUGGCCUUCUUUAUCACCUGCAUCACCCUGGUGUACAGCAUGUCUCACUCUUUUGGGGAGAGCUACCGGGUGGGCAGCACCUCGGGGGUCCAUGCCAUCACCGUUUUCUGCUCCUGGGACUACAAGGUGACUCAGAAGUGGCCCUCCCGCCUCCAGCAGGACAACAUCCGAACCCAGCUGAAGGAGCUGCUGGCCGAGUGGCAGCUGCAGCAGGGCCCCCAGAGCGUGUGGGGGCGGCUGCGGCAGGUGGCCGUGCUGGGGCUUGUGUGGCUUCUGUGCCUGGGGACCACGCUGGGCUGCACCAUGGCCGUCUACGCCUUCUCUGAGCUCAUGAUCAAGAGCCCAGUGUCUGCUGAGCGGGAGUGGGAGCUGCUAGCCCUGCCCCUGGUGGUCUGCCUCCUCAACCUGGGGGCCCCCUACCUGUACCGUUGCCUGGCUGCCCUGGAGCGGCACGACUCCCCGAUGCUGGAGGUAUACGUGGCCAUCUGCAGGAACCUCAUCCUAAAGAUGGUCAUCCUGGCGAUUCUUUGCUACCACUGGCUGGGCCGCAGGGUGGGCGCCCUGAAGGACCAGUGCUGGGAGAACUUCGUGGGUCAGGAGCUGUACCGGCUCAUGGUGAUGGACUUCAUCUUCAUGCUGCUGGACACGCUUUUCGGGGAGCUGGUGUGGAGGCUCAUCUCUGAGAGGAAGCUUAAGAGGAAGGGGAAGCCAGAGUUCGACAUUGCCCGGAAUGUUCUGGAGCUGAUUUACGGGCAGACCCUGACCUGGCUGGGGGUCCUGUUCGCGCCCCUCCUCCCUGCCAUGCAGAUCGUGAAGCUGCUGUUCCUCUUCUACGUUAAGAAGACGAGCCUGGUGGCCAACUGCCGGGCGCCCCGCAGGCCCUGGCUGGCUUCCCACAUGAGCACCGUCUUCAUCUCUCUGCUCUGCUUCCCCUCCUUCCUGGGCGCUGCCAUCUUCCUCUGCUACGCCAUCUGGCAGGUGAAGCCCUCGAGCAUCUGCGGCCCCUUCCGGACCCUGAACACCAUGUAUGAGGCGGGCAAGGUGUGGGUGCGCCACCUGGAGAAGGCAGGCCCCAAGGUCUCCUGGCUGCCCUGGAUCCACCGGUACCUGGUGGAGAACACCUUCCCCAUCUACCUGGUGUCUGCGGUGCUGCUGGCGGUGAUCUACCUCAACAUCCAGGUGGUGAAGGGCCAGCGGAAGGUCAUCUGCCUCCUCAGGGAGCAGAUCAGCAACGAGGGGGAAGACAAAAUCUUCUUAAUCAACAAGCUUCACUCUGUCUACGAGAGGAAGGAGAGGAGCAGGGUUGGCAGAGCCCACGAGGCCGAGACGCCCCCAACCCUGCUUGCAGAUGAGCAGGAUGCCCGGUAGGACAGCGACAGGCCUGGCAGCCGGGUGUCUGCUCAUAGCUUGGCCUGCACCCUGUGUCACCCUCCACCCCCACGGCCCUGCAGGCACAGAUGCGAGCCCAAGACCACACUGGCCCCCUCUGGGUGACCCCGCUGGGACACAGGGAGGGUGACGGGACUCUGCAGCUCAUCUGAGGCUGGAGCUAGAGGUGGGCGAGUGGGGCUGGGGCACCCCAGUGGACCUUGCCCUGCCUGGACUCUAUUUAUUCUGAUUAAACAUGUUUUGCAAAA